CAGCCACAAAGCGUCAGAAAUCAAAGGGUCUGCUUGACAAAGAGAUUCUCAGCCAAGGACCUAGAAAAAAGGACCACGUCAUCAGUUACAAUGCCGUCCACGGAGAAACUACUGCAUUUCUUGUCAAGUUGUUUAAUAUGUGCAGCUGGAGUGUGUUUAUUGGGUUAUGGGAUGUCGGCGGAUUGGGCCUCAGCCGAAAUGGCCUGCGCACCGAGCGAAACUGAAGUGUUCAAUGGAUCCUCCAGACUCAAUAUCGGCCUUUUCGACGGCAUAGAAAACAAAAUCAAUUGCCCCAGGAUUUCCAAACUUGGAGAAAAAGUGUCUGUGUUUGAUCGUCUGGGGAAAGUAGCAGGAGCUCAGGUUAUUCUGCACGCUCUGGUUGUCAUCCUGUUGGCUCUGGCUCUUGUGGGGUCUGUAGGCAGUAUCCUGGUCUCACUCUAUAACAGCUUCAGUAACCCAUAUCAGACCUACAUGGGACCGAUAGGGGUAUACACAUGCAGUGGACUUAGUGUAUGUGUGGCCAGCUUGGCGCUGAUUCUGUAUGUGGCGAACACCUACCUUGGCCAGAUGUUCGAGACGCUGGUGAAAGCCGAUACGCCCAAAGUGACGUUGAAAGAUGUAAAAAUUAACCUAAAGGUGGGGUUUUUCCUUCUGAUACCGUACAUCUGCUUCAAUAUGAUCUGCAUCCUCAUGGUGUAUCUGUACGUCCACGCCGCGUACACACGCCGCAAAGAGCAGGAGAAACCCACGGAGGAUGCGCCCAAAGAGAUCAUGAUGUACUAAAGCCGAAACACAGCAAAAAUCUGCUUAAAGGCCUGUUCACAACAAAGACGAUUACUAUAA